AUGGCCACCUCAAAGAAGAAGACUAGGAAGUUGAGAGGACAUGUCAGCCAUGGACAUGGUCGUAUCGGUAAGCACCGCAAGCAUCCUGGUGGUCGCGGAAAUGCUGGUGGAGAGCACCACCACAGAAUUAAUAUGGACAAGUACCAUCCUGGGUACUAUGGAAAGCUUGGUAUGAGGAAUUUCCACUUGAGGAGAAAUAAAAUCUUCUGCCCUGUACUAAAUUUGGAUAAACUCUGGACCCUUGUCUCUGAGCAGACCAGGCUCAAGUAUGCUAAUGUUACAGAUGGUAAAGUUCCAGUAAUCAACAUUGUUAAAGCUGGGUACUACAAGCUUUUAGGCAAAGGCAAACUCCCUAAACAGCCGGUCAUAGUUAAAGCAAAGUUCUUCUCUAAGACUGCUGAAAAGAAAAUCAAGUCUGUCGGUGGGGUCUGUGUUCUAUCAGCGUAA